AUGGUGCGGGUUCGGGCAACAUCCGGUACAUUCGCUACAGCUCGAGUCUUAUUAGAUACGUGUUCUACCGUACACCUUAUUACUUUCGAACUUGCUAAACGUUUACAACUACCAAUCCGCAAAUCUAUUGACUCUAUUCACGGGGUCAAUGCCCUCUCGACAAAUACAAUCGGGAAGACAAGCGUGGUGCUCGAAUCUCUGAUUAAUCCUCGUUAUCACAAACUCAUAUCAUGUACUGUAAUCGAAAAAAUCACCGACUUUGAACCCCGAGACAUCUUUCCACGCGAUCAAGUAGAGCUUCCAGAAAACUUGCCUCUCGCGGACCCAAAUUUUCAUAUACUACGUCCUGUCGACAUACUAAUUGGCGCGGGUACCACAGUCGCGCUCUUACAAUCAGGUCAAAUAAAAAUCAAUCCCACACAAGGUGACUUAUUACUACAGAAAACUCAUUUAGGCUGGGUAGUCGUUGGGGGGUUGGAAGCAAAUAAAAAGGCACGAAUUGAUUCGUGUUGCUUGACUAGCUUACAACAGACCUUAGAAAAAUUUUGGGAGAUCGAAGAUCUAUCUAAUAAAACUGUAAAAACUACCGAAAACGAUUUAUGUGAAAAACAUUACGUUGAUCAUGUUCAGCGUACUCCUGACGGGAAGUAUGUCGUCAGAUUGCCAUUUCGGCAUGAAGAUUUCGAUUUAGGUGAUUCUCGUCCACAGGCACUUCGUCGAUUUUUUUCAUUACAGCGGAAGUUACAAGCCAAUCCAGAGUUGAAAUUAGAAUAUCACAAGGUCAUGCAGGAAUAUAUUGAUUUAGGACAUAUGUCGCUCGUUUCUGACGAAUCUCCUCCAGGGUAUUACAUUCCACAUCACGCAGUAAUUAAAAACACAAGCCUCACUACGAAAUUACGGGUCGUUUUCGAUGCUUCCGCUAAGACUAGUAACGAUUUAUCGCUUAAUAAGGUGCUGAUGGUCGGAGCUACUAUCCAGGACAAACUCUGUGAACAUUUAUUGCGUUUUCGUACUCAUGUAUUCGUCAUAACAGCAGACAUUGAAAAGAUGUACCGGCAGAUUCUGAUCGCCCCUGAAGAUCGGCGAUACCACCGCAUCUUCUGGUACAACGAUGGACGUAUCGCAGUAUUUAACUUAAACACCGUAACUUUCGGAGUUAGUUCAUCUCCUUUCCUGGCCAUCCGUACUUUGCAUCAACUUGCACGCGAAGAACAAAAAACUUUUCCACUAGCUAGUCCAAUUGUCCAGCGAGAUUUGUAUGUCGAUGAUCUGCUUACAGGAGCAGAUACGUUAGAGGAAGUCUUACGUUUACGCGAUGAGAUUAUUGAGCUAUUGAAGUUAGGUGGUUUUAAUAUUCGUCAGUGGGCAUCCAACCACAGUCAUGCAUUGGAUAACGUUGCCAGCAAAACGUUCGAAUCCGAAUCGGGUAUGCCUCAGGAAGCUAUAUCUAAGACGCUUGGGAUAGCUUGGAAUUCUCAGUCAGACACUCUCAUUUACACCUCUAGGCCGAUCGCUCUCAAGGAGAAAUUUACCAAACGUCUCAUUCUCUCCGAAAUCGCGAAAAUUUUUGAUCCACUAGGUUUACUAGGUCCCAUCGUUUUCGCAGCCAAAGGAAUCAUGCAAGAUUGUUGGCGUCUAAAGAUUGGUUGGGAUGAAUCUGUAUCACAGGAAUUGGCAGCCAAGUGGCUGUCAUUUGCUGAACAACUGACGCACAUGCCUGCAAUUGACAUCAAUCGUCGUCUUAUUAUCGAUCAGCCCACUGGAAUCGAAAUCCACGGGUUUUGCGACGCUAGUAAACUAGGUUAUGGAGCCUGCAUCUAUAUCCGUUCUACCAACAGCUCGAAUCAAGUCUGGGUCCGCUUAGCUUGUUCGAAAUCACGUGUCGCACCACUCAAGGAAACUACGAUUCCCAAACUCGAACUCUGUGGGGCUCUCACACUCGCGAAAUUAUAUCACAACGUUCAAUCAACUCUUGGGGUUUCUAUAUCGCGCUCAGUUCUUUGGUCAGAUUCCACGAAUGCUCUCGCGUGGAUCAAAAAAUCUCCAGUCGUGUUAAAGGUCUUCGAAUCAAAUCGAGUCAAGGAAAUUCAGAAACUUACCGCAGACGUCGAAUGGCGGUAUGUAGGAACUAAAACUAAUCCAGCUGACGCUCUAUCCCGUGGACAAUAUCCGCGAGAUUUUCAGACCAAUUCAAAUUGGUUUCAGGGCCCGUCUUGGUUAUCUCAGUCUUCUAAUUUUUGGCCUACUAAUCCUAUUCUCGAAACUCAGGGUCCACUGGAAACUCCAGAAUUUCAAUGUUUUGUCAUUCAAUCUGAACCAUCUGUCAUUUUUAAACGAUUCUCGUCUUAUUCGAAACUCAUUAACGUCAUUUCGCUUUGUCUUCGCUGGCGACCUUCUAACACUUUCAAAACCAAUCGCGUGUCUGUCGCAGAACGUCAUCAGACAGAAACUCGAAUUUUACAUCUCAUUCAACAGGAACAGUUCGGUUCGGAAAUUAGCAACUUAAAAAAUGCUAAACCAGUUAAGAGUGCUAAAUUGGGGGCUUUCAAUCCAUACAUUGGUAACAACGGUUUACUUCAGGUCGGUGGUCGUCUAAAAAAUUCUGAUCUAACUCGUUCGCAGAAACACCCUAUUCUCUUGCCAUCUCAUCAUCACGUGACAGAUCUCAUCAUUCGAGACACCCAUCAGCGCAUGCAUCAUGCCGGAAUUCAGAGUACUUUGUUUACUAUCCGUCAGCGAUUCUGGCUUCUUGACGGCAAGAAUCAGGUCCGUAAAAUUGUUCGAAGGUGUGUCGUUUGCAUCCGUCACCGUCCAGAGCCUAUACAAUACAAGAUGGCUGACUUACCAAGAUCUCGAGUCCAAAGUUCAUAUGCUUUCGAACACACCGGGUUAGAUUUUUGUGGUCCUUUUCUUAUCAAAGAAAAACGUUAUAAUCGUGAAACUCGUUCUCGUAAUAACACUCUCAUCAAGGCGUAUGGUUGUAUUAUCAUUUGUAUGUCCACUCGGGCAGUACACAUAGAAAUCGUCAGUGAUCUGAGUACUGACGCAUUUCUGGCUAGUUUUCGACGAUUUAUAGGUCGCAGAGGUAUUCCAUCACACAUCCAUUCAGACAAUGGUUUAAAUUUCGUCGGUGCUAGCAAUCAACUUCAUGAACUCUACAAUCUUCUGCAAUCUAAAGAUCACCAGGAUCAGGUGCUUUCAUUCUCUGACCCACGUAACAUCACUUGGCAUUUCAAUCCACCUCUUUCACCCCACUUCGGUGGAGUGUGGGAGGCGGCUGUAAAAUCUUUUAAACACCAUUUUAAGCGCGUGGUUGGUACUCAAUCUUUGAUGUUUGAGGAAUUAACCACGUUAGCAGUAGAUAUUGAAGCUAUCUUAAAUUCCAGACCUCUCUGUAGUAUUUCUACCGAUCCAAAUGAUCCUAUUGCUCUUUCUCCUGCUGAUAUUUUAAUUGGUAAAAAAUUAACAUCUCUACCUGAUCCUGACUUACUUUCUGUACCAGAUAAUAAACUGUCCACCUGGAGAUUCCUUACCAAGGCCAAACAAGAUUUUUGGAAACGAUGGCAGAUCGAAUAUCUCAACGAAAUGCAAAAACGUCAUAAAUGGCACAACGACGGUGCAGUGGAGCUCAAGGAGGGUUCAGUAGUCAUCCUCAUCGACAAAAACAAACCCUGUAUGAUCUGGGAACUGGGAGUCAUCACUGAGGUGCAUCCAGGAAGCGACGGUGUCACACGAGUCGUCGAGGUCAAAACAUCGCGAGGAAUCUACACCCGGAAUACUACGACCUUAUGUCCAUUAUUACCCGAUACUUGA